CGGGGUGGCACAGGAAGGCGUGGGGCGCCGGGCAGCCGGGCGGAGCGGCCGCGCCGCCAUGGCGCGCCAGCAGCGGCGCCGGGUCCUCGCCGCGCCCCCGCCCCGCGGGGCCCGGGCUGCGCCGCCCCUCGCUCCGCCCUCUUCCCUCGCGCUGCCUCGGCCGGGCGCGGAGCAGACCGGCGGCGGCGGAGCGUAGCCAUGAUCUGCCUGGCGCUGGCGCUACUCGCCUACAUCCUGCAGAGCGCCCGCGGCGGCGGCGAGCGCACCUUCGUGGCCGUGAAGCCGGACGGGGUCCAGCGGCGCCUCGUCGGGGAGCUGGUGGGGCGCUUCGAGAGGAAGGGCCUCACCCUGGUGGGCAUGAAGCUGGUGCAGGCCUCCGAGGAGCUGCUGAGAGAGCACUACGUCGCCCUGCGGCACCAGCCCUUCUACAGCCAGCUGGUGAAGUACAUGAGCUCCGGGCCUGUGGUAGCCAUGGUCUGGCAGGGCCUGGAUGCGGUCAAGACAGUCCGCGCAAUGAUUGGGGAAACUAACCCGGCCGACUCCAGACCCGGCACCAUCCGAGGAGACUUCUGCACUGACAUCAGCAAAAAUGUGAUUCACGGCAGCGACUCGGUUGAGAGUGCCCAGCAGGAGAUCUCCCUCUGGUUCCGCCCAGAGGAGCUGAUCUGCUGGGAGGACAUGGCUGAGCACUGGAUCUACGGCUGAGCGCUGGAUCUACGCGUGAUAGGAGCAGCCUGAGGGAAGUAUGUCUUCCUGACUCAGGCACGAUGCGUUUCCAUCCAUUUCAUUUCGGCCCGUUGGGCUGGCUGUGGAUUCUGCUGCAGCGUCACGUGCUGUUGGGGGUUUCUAUUUUGGGUGGGGGUGGAGGGGUCCUGGGAGCUGUUCUGUUUUUAACUUUGCAGUUCAGCUUCUUGCAAUAGUAGCUGUUCCUUUUUCUUUUCUGCUGUAGUAAAUAAUUAGUGUUGCUGUUCCGUUUGCUGUAGCGUCCUAAAAUCCCAAGUAGCUCAAGCAAAAACUGGGCUCUAUGCCCUUUACAGGAUGUAGGGCAGGCCUACGUGGUACAGUAGAACAAAUGCUCCUAACCACUAGGAAAGGUGCUCUGAUUGCUGGAUAAGAGUGAUCUGAUCGGUAUCAUCUACCUGGAUUUCUGCAGGGUUCCUCACCAAAGGGGGUGGUUCCUCACCAAAUUUUAAAGAGUUAAACUUCUGUGGAAUACAGGGGAAGGUUCUUCCACGGGUUAAGAAAAAAAUGGUCCCAAGAUGGGGAAUGAAGGAUAGGAAGAACUCAUCUCUCUUCUUUCUGUUGGUGGAAGGCUGUGGUGGGAGCUCUGCAAGGUGCAUGCGAGGACUGGUGCCAGUUCACCUGGCUUCAGAAGUGAUUUAGAGAAUCCAUGAAAGGAAAACUCACUAAAUGCUGCUGUUUGAACGCACAAACACUGCCUCUGGUUCGAAGAAUCCCUGGGCUACAAGUGUUGGGAGUGGGGAGGUGGCUUGUCUAGGUCUGCUCUAUUUUUCCAUAGGCCUCUACUGCUGGGCUGCGUAGACUGUCCUGACUCAGUACAAUCAGUCUGACUGUACUUGACGAACUAAUGAAACAACAGCAUCGUGCAAACCAUGAGAGCAGAAGGGGAAGAGUGAGGUGGGAAAGGAUUUUAGGUUUUGGGCUCAGAAAGAAUCUGUCCUGCACAGUGCAAGCUGUGAGCUCUUAGCACCAAGUUCUGUGAGAUCAUGAGAGAUCUGUCUUGUUUGAUGGUAGAGGUUCCCUUUCGGGAAUCGUUUCUGGAAAACUACAAAUCUCUAGUUUGUAAUCCUAUGCCCUGAACAUAUUACAUGUUACAUUCUUACUGGAAUGUCAGACUUGUGUGUUAACAUCCUGGGUCUUUAACAAUGUUUAAUUGGUUAUCUGAAAGAAGACAUUAAUGAUUACCUUCACCAGCUCCUCCCAGCUGAUGUGUAAAAGUCACGGCGUGGCCUCUGCUGUUCCCUCCAAACAAAAAAUGCCAGAGGAGGCUUCUGAGGAAAAAUGUGCAGAAAAUGAACUUAAAAAUCCUGAACCUAAACUCAUUCAUGUGCUGGGAGAAGUGGAAAAGGGCACAGAGCCUCUCCUGUGUGAGUGUACUGAAAGGUGCAGUGGGCAGACCAAGGGGCACAGGGACAGCUCCUAUGGCCCGGGCUCCCAAACCUCGGGGCUAAGCUGCCUGUGCUGGCCAGAAGGCAUUGCUCGUGGUGCUGCACCCCAGCCUGCCCCGCGACCGCAAUGCAGGGUUGGCCACAAAGGCUGAUGCAGCUUAGCGAUCUUUGACAAGGUGUCCCCUACACACAGGGCAAAGUGGCUCUGGGAGAGGAGGUGGCCCAGAGACCUUCAGUUAGGCUCCUGCUGUGAACCAUCCACCUUUGGAGAGGCUUCUCUGCUUCUACUGACAGCAGGGGUUGUCACAGGAGAUCCUCAAGGGCACCUGUGUGAAUAUGUCCCUUCAGUGCCAUCUUUGGGAAAGGAAAACCUUCAGGUUUUCACACUGUUGACCAUUCCUUAAAGCUGCGUUGUGUCUGAGCCCCCUGCACAGCCUUGGCAGCACAUUAGGGCAGGGACAGUGACUUUGCAUCCUGCCAUGGAGUAGGUGUAGUUUUAAAUCCAAGGGAAGGAGGUUCCCCAGAGCUUUGUGCAUGCAGACAGACAUGUUUUGCCCAUGCCCUAAACACCUGUUUCUCUCUCCAGAUGACCUAGCUUUGUAGCUGCUGGGGAAUGAUGCAGCUCCACAAGGGCAGGGAGAGUGAACUCAAUCCCCACUUCCACCUCCGGACUGGCCUAGAGCAUCCUGGGGCUGGGUAGGGAAACACCAACAGAGACAUAGGAACAGGCAUGGACUGGGAACAGACGGUCUUCCUCUGGUGACCACAGUCUUCUUCGGCUGCCUGAUUAAAGGGUGCAGCGUCCCUGCUGGCAGCCAGGACUUGUGCUGCCCCCAGGGCCUUGCCAAGUGGUUUACAGCUCCAAUUAUGUUAUAGAUUCCAUUUGUUUCCACAACAGUCACCCAUUUGCUUUUUUUUUUUUAUUAUAAACUUUGGACAGUC